AUGAACGGCAAGGUCGGCGUCGUCGUCUCCGCCAACGCUUCGACGGGACGCUUCGGCGUGCGCGUGGCGGGCGAGGCCAAGGCACUCGCACUGAGGCGCGCAAUGCAAUGGUCUCUCCCCGACUCGGCGGAUCCUCUCUUUGAACACCCCAAGCCGCUGCCCUCCCUCAGGCCGGCCAACCUGCAGCCAGCGGCCGAGGCGGGGGAGGUGGGCAGGCUCAUCCUCAAGGCGGCGGAGUGGUCGCCGCAGUCGCACGAGCUCUUCCCGGAGCCGGCUCGCAAGUGGGCGGUCGAGGUGAUGCGGCUGGGCUACCUGAUCGCGUGGGACGAGGAGCGCUUCGAGGGCCGCGAGGGAGCGGCUCCAGAGCUGGCGGACGUCUGGCGCGGCUUUGUCCUGCCAAGGGUGGUGGUGCGAUGA